GUCGCCCAACACGAAAGUCCGGUUGUCACAAGACGCGUCCCCACUGGUCCGGAUAUUGGUUACCCUGGGGCGGGAGAUUUCGAUCACUUUUUCCAUGAUCUCGCUUGGCUACUCCUGAGCUCAACUCCGCCUGCCACUCGAUUUCAACCUUUAUACCCAAAUAUCGCCUGACCCCGAACGACAAGUUUCGCACCCCACGCCUGUGCGAGAGAAAAGCGUUAGCAAUCAUGGCCGGCAUUCUCGCAGCUCGCGAUCAGGAGAACCUGGCUUUCAGUCGCCAGACUGUGGCCGCAGCUAAGAGCCAGGCGACCAUGUCCAAAACACCCGGCGCACUAUAUCCCAAGACACCUCUGAAAGUUCCUCUGAACGAUGAGAACACAACGACAGUAUUCGGCAAAGGCAUGCUCGGGAAUCAAUCAAAGCAUGGCAACGAGAACAUUCGGACUGUUGGCAAGGGCAAGGCGGUGCUGGCGACACCACUUGAGCCACGCACAGGAAGAGCGCCGCUUGGCAACAAGACAACAAACGCGAAAGCAAGGACCGGCCAGCUGCAGGGCGUGAAGAGCAUCGUCAAAGAGUUCGAGAAGAGCCAGGCUCCCGGCACAGUCUCCCGGCAGCCUAGGGCGCGGUCGCCCAAGACGGAAUCAGCCAAACUUGAGAUCCACACCGAUGCUACCGACCCUCUAGCCGUGCCAGAGAUCGAAUAUGCCCCUCCCAAGCCCAGGGACCUCCCGUACGAGUCUGAUGUGUUCCCGGAUGGUGUCUUGACUCUCGACGGCCUGAAGCCAGAGAAUCGUCUGAAAGGCUUCUACAACUACUACCACAACCCCGUAGACGCUAAUGGCGUAUCUCGGAAGGAGAGACAAUUUGCUGAGGCGCAAAAGAAGGCUCUGGAGGAGGCGGAGGCGCGUAUCAGGAAGGACCUGGAUGAGUUCGACUGGUCCGUCGGCGAUGUGCCUGGUUCCCGGUCCAAGAGGACGGUCAGUACCAACGUUGGCACUAGAACCGCCACCUCGACAGUCAAAGCCAUGCGUAUCCCUCCCAGGGCGCCAUCUGCCGCGGCAUCUCGCGCCGCAGCCCAGUCUCUUAGCAUAGCUCCCAGAACAGCGAUGGCACCAAAGAUCAACAACGGAAGGACACUUGCCAAGCCGAGCAAACCCUUCGGUUUGCCGAUAAGGAAAGCGGCGCAGCCCAUGUCCGCUGGACCCCGAGCGGCGCCGGCCGAGUCGGCAGCGCCGGUUUCCAGGACCACUCUCGGCUACACCAAGGGCCGCACCGCAUCAUCCAUGCUCAAGACCCGUCCCGACAGAGCCACGGGUCCUUCGCCUCCCCCUGCGCCGUCAAGCUCGUCCAAUGUUGGCCCUGUCCCGCGCUCCGGGCUGGUCCGCUCAGCGAGUACUACUUCGACGGCCUCGGAUUCAACCAUCACACCGGCGAGGUUCGCUCAGAGCCAGGCGAGGAAGGAAGCGGACGACGAGCGACGGCUAGAGUUUCUGUCCAUAUUCGAGGCUGAGGAAGACGACGACGGGCACCUGGGUGGUUCUGCCGACUUCAACCUGGAUGACGAUAUGGAUGAUUUCAAGAUGACUAUCGACUUCUAGGUUGCUUCCUUGACGUCUUCUCCUUAGUUUGCCAAUCACGUAAAAAUGUACCUACCUAAUGAUCAGGCGUUCGUUGUUGGGCCAUUUGGUCCGCCAUUUUUUCUCUCUUGCUUUUCGCGACGGCGCGCUCUGAUUUGGAGUUUUGGGUUUUGUGUUCUGGGCUUUGGUUAUUGUUUACUGUCUCUAUACCUAGUUUCGGUGCCACCAUUCUUUUUGCAAAGAAUAUUCCUCAUGCACUCCUUGAUUGGUGUAACAAAGAAAAGGGAAAUAGUAACGCAAAACACUCACUCUUCACGGUAGAGUAAGCACUGUUGUGGACGAUGGGCUCUUCCAUUUGGUCCUUGGCUUACGUGCAA